CUCUUGUACUGCUGUCAUUCACAGAAGAGAAUCGCUUACAUAAUUUGCUUGCAUCGUGUAAUUUAACCGAUAUAUACGGCUUAGUAUAAAUAGCAAGAAUAUACUCACUAUCGGAUAGCAUUGACAACUUCAAGCGUUGUUAUAUGAACAAAUAAUUUUGGAACACGUGACAUUGAUGAUUUUUACGUGUGCCUGUGAAAUUUAACUUUGGCCUCUGGAUUCUUCUUCUUCCUCUUUUGAUACACUUAGACGCGACUUCUUUUCCUAUGGAAACCACAACCAUUAGCAACGCCAGCUUUGUCGCCUUCGAGUCAAUUGGCAAAAUCUAUGUCUUUUGCUACGAGCAAUUGCGGCAUGUAAACGUUCCCGUUCCUCCACCCGAGUAUGUUCAGCAAAUGUUUUUCAACAUGGUUGGAACAGCUUACAAUUACGCGCCUCCAGCCUUACAACAAUUCUUCUCAACACUCGCACAGUUGCCCAUCCAAGCCAAUAUUGUGCCGGUCCUCUUGGCAUUGGCCGUUCUUUACGUUGCUUAUAGUGUCGUUGCAGCCUUGGUUCGCUCGGUGGUUCGGGUUGUGAUUGGGUUUAUCCGCUUCUCGUUGAUCGUCGCUGCGUUUGCAUCUGUACUCAUUCUGCUGCAACAAUACUACGAUAUUCCGUUUUUGCAGAACGUUAACGAAUACGUGCAACAGCACCAGCAUCAGGAUUAUCAACAGCAACAGCAACAGUUCACCUAUCAUGCUUAAGAAUUGUAAAGUGUAUAUUCGGGCCCCCCUCUUUUCUGCUUUCCUUUCCUGCUUUUAUCAGUAUUACUUGUAGUGCACACAUGUUGUCAAUUGUAUAUCUCCUUACUUAAAUGUCCCCAUUCCUUCUCUGCUUUUCACAUGAUGUUUUUACUUGUAUUCGAAUAACUCAUCAUCUAGCGAGCUCUCAUAUUCUAAUGACUUUUUUAUGUAAAAACACAUGUACCUAGAAAAGAACGAAAGCAUGCUGAAUCAAUACCAUCCUUGUCAUUGCCUUGUCUAUUAUACUGUAAAACUCUAC